AUGUCCGAUACACCUUCUAUCCUACCAGUUGCUAAUUUCCAUGCGAAUCAGGAUGCCGCCUGCCUUCGGAAGACCCUGAAAGGUUUUGCUUGCCAUUCCAAGGAGUUAUUCAACAUUCUUUGUUAUCGCUGCAACUGGCAAAGGCAAGAGAUCGCCAGAACCUUCUUUUUGAUGUAUGGAAAAAGUCUCAUAAAGAAACUCAAGAUAAGAUUAAGCGGAGCAUCAGACGAUCAGAAACAGAGGUUGCUGCUCGCACUGAUGGAACCGGCCGCUGUGUACGAUGCGAAGCAGUUACGAAAAGCUAUGCAGGGUCUUCGCAGAAAAUCUGUGCUGAUCGAAGUGAUGACGUCAAGAACGAAUAAACAGAUUGCUGAUAUUCGUCGCGCCUACGAAGAAACAUUUGGGACGGAACUCGAGACCGAUCUCUCACGUAAAACCAGUGGAUACUUACAGGAAAGGGGAUCUUUAAAUCUUGUCUAUUAUUGUUAUUCAUGGUUUCACGUGCUAAAAGAAUCGCUUCACCUGAUAUUUUGCUUUGCAUUUAAAAGAUUUUUGAUGAAUAAUUUACUGAAAGAACGUCUCCUUCUUUCGUUAUGCGCUUGUCGCCGAGAUGAAUCCAACACAACAAAUCGACAAAAUGCAGUCAAAGAUGCUCUUAAAUUGUAUUCCGCUCGACAACGACGUUUUGGUUUAGAGAACUGUUUCAUUGAGGUGCUAGUGAGCCGAAACACUAAACAACUAGAACUUGUAUUUGAAGAAUAUGAAAAGGUGGCACAUCACUCAAUCGACGCUGCAAUACAACAGGACUUCUCCGGUACCUUCCGUGAUGGUCUCUUCGCAAUAGCGUCCAUUGUGCGAAGCAAACCAUCGUAUUUUGCGAAAUUGCUCCACAAAUACAUAAAGGAGUGGUACAGAUUUGAAUCUGAUCUAGUUCGGCUUGUUGUUAGUCGUAGUGAAUGCGAUAUGGGUGAUAUAAGGGCUCAGUAUCAGGUAUUAUACAAGAAAUCUGUGGCGGAAGCGAUCAAAAAGCGUUUUAGUGGAUCCUAUAGGCGAGGCCUCAUCGCACUCGUGGAUGGAAACGUCAUAUAG